AUGGCUGCAAACUUCACCAUUUCAGACAGCGACUCAGAGCCAUCCGAAGAGGUAGAGGAGAGAGAAAGCCUGAGUUUGGAUGGAUCGGAUGGGCAUGUCCUCCCACGCCAGACCCUCACUCUACCUGAGCUCAGGCCAGCAGCAAAUGGGCGGAUCAGACUCAACUCCGAGUCCAUCGUAUCCACCAUCUCCAAAGACGAGGAGGGUCUGGCCCGCGGUGAAGAGGAGCCCGGGACUCCCACUGAAGGAUUUCCAUUCAGGGGGAGGUCCCAGUCCGCACCCCCGGCUCUGUGGGCCGCCAAGAAGUACGGCCGGCAGCUCCGAAGGAUGAGCGACGAGUUCGACAGCCUGCUGGAUAAAGGGGAGAUGAGGAAGGUGAAGAGCGCAGGGGCGGCCCGACAGAUGCACCACUCUAAAAGUUGGUGGAACUACCUCUUUAGUCACCAGGAGACGGAGGGAGAGAACAACCACCAUGAAAGUCACAGCUCCCGCACUGAAUAG